GCCUGAACUCUUUGAAAGCUGUGAGUGAGGUUCUUGACAAACUGCUUACAGUCUGCAUUACCGAUCCGCACGAGGAAAUCCGCCUGCAAGUGCUCAACAGUCUGGGUGAGAGAUUUGAUCCCCAGCUGUCUCAGGCCGAGAACGUGAGGCUGCUUUUCAUGGCUCUGAACGACGAGUCGUUUGAGAUUCGCAAGGCGGCCAUCAAAUUGGUUGGAAGACUCUCAGCAAUCAACCCGGCUUACAUCGUGCCCUCGCUGCGCAAGCUGCUCAUCCAGCUGCUCACCACGCUGGAGUAUGGUGGCCACAACUCCAGAGAAAAGGAAGACACGGCGCUGUUGCUUGCUGUGCUGAUUUCGCACACAGGCGACCUAACAAAGCCGUAUUUCAAGCCCAUCAUGGACGUGUUGCUGCCUGCCAGCACCGAACCCGGUGCUUCUGUUGCGGCAGCGGCAAUUGCAGCGAUUGGCGAGCUGGCCGUAGUGGUUGGUGACGAAAUGGUGCAGUACAUUCCGCAAGUGAUGCCAAUUUUUAUCGAAACGUUCCAGGACCAAAGCAUGAGCUUCAAGCGGGACGCAGCACUGAAAACGCUCGGCCAGAUCGCCGGGUCCUCGGGCUACGUUAUCCAGCCGCUGCUCGAUUACCCGCAGCUGCUGGGUCUGCUGGUUAAUAUUCUGAAGUCUGAGACAUCACUGGCAGUGAGACGCGAAACUGUGCGUCUGGUCGGUAUCCUCGGAGCUCUCGAUCCGUACAAACACAGAGAAGUGGAACGACACGGCCAGGAUUCGCAGACUGUGGCAGAGCAGAAUGCACCGCCCGUGGACAUGGAGCUGCUGAUGAAAGGUAAGUCGCCGUCAAACGAGGACUAUUUCCCAACAGUGGUGAUCAAGACCCUGUUGCGCAUACUCAAGGAUGCGUCCUUGAGCACCCAUCACCCGGCCGUCAUCCAGGCGAUCAUGCACAUCUUCAAGACGCUGGGAAUCAAGUGCGUUCCGUUCCUGGACAAAGUUAUUCCUGGUUUCGCGACUGUGAUUCACACGUGUCCGCCCUCGUUGCUGGAAACAUACUUCCAACAGCUGGCCGACUUGAUCAAGAUCGUCAAGUUGCACAUCCGCCCUCAUUUACCAGAGAUUUUCGCGCUCAUUGAGGAAUUCUUCCACCAGGUCAAUCUCCAGGUCACCAUUAUUGGCAUGAUAGAGCAGGUCUCGAAGGCCCUGGACGACGAGUUCAAAAUCUACAUGUUUCAGGUGAUUACCAUUUUUCUGGACGUGCUGGACAAGGACGACUCACCGCGCAAGGUGUCGACGUUGCGCGUACUCAAGGCUUUCACAGUUUUCGGCAGCAACAUUGAGCCGUACAUGCAUCUCGUGAUUCCACAGAUAGUCAAGCUUUUUGAGUCACCGGACGAAGUUGUCAGUAAGGAGGCCAUCGAAACUAUUGGGAAAUUGUCUAGACAUGUCAGUCUAAACGACUACUCGUCCCGAAUUGUGCAGCCACUAGUUAGAAUUCUGGUCUCGCAUUCUUCCGAAGACAUCAAGAAUUCUGUCGUGAACACCAUCUGUCUGCUCUUGCUGCAAAUGGGCACCGAGUUUUCUGUGUUCAUCCCAGGAAUCACUAGCAUCAUGACGAAACAUAAGCUGCAAUAUCCCGUCUACGACCAACUGGUUGACAAACUGAUUCACGGCGAGCCGUUGCCAACCACUCUCCUGAAUGAUAAAACGCAGGAAACUCCGUCCAACGACAACUUCGACAUUGAAGCAACGCCGCGGAAACUCCCAGUCAACGCCCAGGCGCUGCGUUAUGUCUGGGACUGCAAUAGCAUGCGCACAAAAGAGGACUGGCAGGAAUGGAUCCGCCGACUGAGCAUUGAGCUGCUCAAGGAGUCGCCGUCGCCGGCUUUGCGUGCCUGCUCCUCGCUCGCUACCGUUUAUCCACCUCUGGCUAGAGAUCUUUUCAACUGUGCCUUUGCAAGCUGCUGGAACGAGCUGCACAUCCAGUACCAGGGAGAACUGGCCCAGGCUCUGUGCAUUGCGCUGUCCUCGCCGAACAAUCUACCGGAGAUCCACCAGACGCUUCUCAAUCUUGCUGAGUUCCUCGAACACGACGACAAGUCGCUGCCGAUAAGAAUCCAGACCCUGUCGCAGUACGCGCAGCGGAGCCAUGUGUACGCCAAAGCACUGCACUACAAGGAGCUGGAAUUCAUUCAGGAGCCGUCUACGCCGACAAUCGAAUCCCUGAUCAGCAUCAACAACCAGCUGCAGCAGUCGGACGCCGCUAUUGGAAUUUUGAAGUACGCUCAGGACCACCACGGCCUACAACUCAAGGAGACCUGGUACGAAAAGCUCCAGCGCUGGGACGAUGCAUUGCGUGCUUACAACGAACGUGAGAAGGAGGAGCCGAACUCCACCGAUAUCACUAUGGGAAAAAUGAGAUGUCUACAUGCUCUGGGCGAAUGGGAGCUGUUGAGCGAGCUAGCGCAGGAUAAAUGGAACAAUUCGUCUGGUGACAUCAAAAGGGCCAUUGCGCCACUGGCUGCUGCGGCCGCCUGGGGAAUCGGCCAGUGGGAGCGUAUGGGUAACUACAUUAGCGUCAUGAAGGUGGAGUCGCCAGAUAAGGCGUUUUUCAAUGCUAUUUUGUGUCUUCACAGAAACAAUUUUGAGGAGGCCGCAGAACAAAUUUCGAAGGCCAGGGAUCUUCUGGUCACGGAGAUUACUGCAUUGGUGAGCGAAUCGUACAACAGGGCGUACGGGGUGGUUGUGAGAGUGCAGAUGCUGGCCGAGCUCGAGGAAAUCAUCAAGUACAAGUGUUUGCCCCAAGGCUCUGAAAAACGCAUCCAGAUCCGCGAGACGUGGAACAAACGGCUUCUGGGCUGCCAGCGGAACGUGGAUAUUUGGCAAAGGAUGCUUAAAGUGCGUGCUCUGGUCGUGAAGCCGAAGCAGGACAUGGAAAUGUGGAUUAAGUUUGCCAAUCUGUGCCGGAAAUCGGGCCGGCUGGGGCUUGCGGAAAAGUCGCUCAACGCACUUCUGGACGAGGGUGACUCCGGCCACCAGACGUCCCGGGCGCCACCCCACGUGGUGUACGCACAGCUGAAAUACAUGUGGGCCAGAGGCCAGCAGCGAGAGGCGCUCAACCACCUGAUCGACUUUGCGUCGAAACUAUCACGUGACCUAGGCGUGAACGAGAACGAGGCCAUCACGCAGCCUCUGCCAACGGCCAUUCCUGGCGCCUCCGACAAUAUCGAGAAGUACACCAUGCUGCUGGCGAGAUGCUAUCUCAAACAGGGCGAAUGGAAGAUUGCUUUGAAUAGCAACUGGACAGAGAUGGACUCUACAGGUAUCUUAGGCUCGUUCCUGCUUGCUACGCAUUUCGACCCCAAGUGGUACAAAGCCUGGCACAACUGGGCUCUCGCAAACUUUGAGGUGAUUUCCCCGCAGGCAAAGCAGUUGCACCAGGAAAGUGCGGACGUGGACGAGAAGAGUCUGGGAGGCAUUUUGCACUACGUGGUGCCAGCGGUUAAGGGAUUUUUCCACUCGAUCUCGCUCUCGCAGUCUAAUCCACUCCAGGACACGCUGAGACUGCUGACGCUGUGGAUCAAGUACGGAGGCAUUGAGGAAGUGGCCAAUGCGAUGCAGGAAGGGUUCCAGCUGGUGAAGGUCGACACGUGGCUGGACGUGAUUCCGCAGUUAAUCUCGAGGAUCCACCAGCCGGACCCUGUGGUGAGCAAGUCGCUUUUGGGUUUGCUGUCGGAUCUGGGCCGGGCGCAUCCGCAAGCGCUGAUUUAUCCGCUGACAGUGGCCAUCAAAUCCGACAGCGUUUCGCGGCAGAGGGCAGCUCUGACAAUCAUCGACAAGAUGCGUGCACAUUCGGCGCGGCUGGUGGAUCAGGCGGACCUUGUGAGCAAUGAGCUGAUCCGUGUGGCGGUGCUAUGGCACGAGAUGUGGUAUGAGGGGCUUGAGGACGCGUCGCGGUCGUACUUUGGCGACCAGAACAUCGAGAAGAUGUUCCAGAUCCUGACACCUCUGCACCAGAUGCUCGAAAAAGGGCCAGAGACGAUCCGAGAGGCCUCGUUUGUCAAUGCUUUCGGCAAGGAGCUGAACGACGCGCAUCAGUGGCUGAUGAAUUUCCGGCGCACAAAGGACGUGGCGUACCUUAACCAGGCAUGGGAUCUGUACUACGGCGUCUUCCGCCGGAUUUCCAGACAGUUGCCGCAGCUGCAAAACCUCGAUCUGCAGCAUGUUUCUCCCAAGCUGCUGGCCGCAAAGAAUCUCGAGCUCGCUGUUCCGGGAACAUACGUGCCAGGAAAAGAGGUGAUUCACAUUGUGCGUUUCGAGCCGGUGUUUUCUGUGAUCACAUCGAAGCAGAGGCCGCGGAAGUUCAACGUUCUGGGCAGCGACGGCAAAAAGUACCAGUACUUGCUUAAGGGGCACGAGGAUAUUAGACAGGACAACUUAGUGAUGCAGCUAUUUGGAUUAGUGAACACGCUACUUGCGAACGACCCGGAGUGUUUCAAGCGGCAUAUGGACAUCCAGCAGUACGCGGCGAUCCCGCUGUCUCCUAGCUCGGGCAUGCUUGGAUGGGUUCCUAAUUCCGACACGUUCCACGUUCUCAUCAAGGAGUACAGAGAACCGCGCAAGAUCUUGCUAGACGUGGAACAUCGUAUCAUGCUGCAGAUGUCUCCGGACUACGACAAUUUGACAUUGCUGGAGAAGGUGGAAGUGUUCACCUAUGCCCUGGAUAUUACGCGAGGCCAGGAUCUAUACAAGGUGCUGUGGUUCAAAUCGAAGUCGUCAGAGGCCUGGCUCGACAGACGAACCACGUACACGCGCUCCUUGGCGGUGAUGUCGAUGGUGGGAUAUAUUUUGGGUCUUGGCGACAGACACCCUUCGAACCUGAUGAUGGACAGAAUCACUGGAAAAGUGAUCCACAUCGAUUUUGGCGACUGUUUCGAGGCGGCCAUUUUGAGAGAAAAGUACCCGGAAAAAGUGCCGUUUAGACUGACACGGAUGCUGAGUUACGCGAUGGAGGUGAGCGGUAUUGAGGGCUCUUUCCGGAUCACCAGCGAAAAUGUCAUGAGAGUCCUUCGCGACAACAAAGAGUCGUUGAUGGCCAUUCUGGAUGCCUUUGCGUACGACCCGCUGAUCAACUGGGGUUUUGACUUUCCGCUGAAGCAGAUAGUCGACAAUCCGAACCAGCACUUCCCAAACGCAAACUACAACGAGCUGUUGCGCAGCGGCCAAAUCACCGAGGAGGAGGCCUCCCGGAUGGAGGCGCAGAACAAGGCAGAUAUCUUGAACGCGCGGGCUGCGUACGUGCUCAAGCGUAUCACAGACAAACUGACGGGAAACGACUUCAAGCGGUUCCGGGAGCUGGACGUUCCGAGCCAGGUCGACAAGCUGAUCCAGCAGGCUACCUCUGUGGAGAACCUUUGCCAGCACUACAUAGGAUGGUGCUCUUUUUGGUAAUGCGAGCCACACUGUUUACACGAUUCUUGGUGUUGUAUUCUCAGUGCCAGGCUAAUUUUUCCGCCUCGCGGAAGCCCAUGUCCGUGGGACGGAGAGUGCAGUAGAUGAUAGAUAAGACGUCUUGGUGAA